UAUUAGUUUGUGCAUACUAGGUGUGGACAUGUGAGAUUAAUGUCUUAAGGACUAGUCCGGGCCAAAUCAGCCACUCUUUUGACAAAACUGGCCGGUGGUUCCGGGUCGGAACCAUAACCAGGGGAGAGUUUGGGGACUCAAUCCUGGGUCUGCCGCUGGCCAUAUAAACUACAAAUUUAUCCAUGCCCAGUGGAGGAUCUAUGUACGGGCUAUGGUAGGCUGAAGCCCGGGGCAACUUAGAAAUUUUUCAAUUUUUAGUGGUGAGGGUCUAGAAGGAAAACUAAUUGUCCAUUUUCUGCUGAAGUCUGAGUUUUUCCCUAUGUGCCUUCGUUGCAUGGAACUUGGUGAUGAGCUCACUCAGACGGUUUCAGCUUGGGUGAUACUGAAGAUAGUGAUGGAAGAUGAGGGGUUGAAGUACUGCACUGCGUAUGGGGCACGGUUCUUCCAACUGGUUCGUGUACUCGCACAAGCGGUAGACCGACUCCCUGAGAGGCAGCCGUGUUUACGCUUACUAAGACUCCUUAUUCGCUGUUACCUUAGGCUCUGCGAAGCUCCAAGGGCAAUGUAUGCUUUUAAGAACUCUAUUCCUGCAAGAAUGACCCAAGAAAAAUUCAUCAACUUUCUUCGUGACGAUCCACAGUGUGCAAGAAUGCUGCAACAACUGUUUCUCAAUGUCACUACCCACUAGAUCGAAUAGACGAAAGAAAGACCAAUAAAAGAAAGACGAAUAAAGUAUUUAGAUGUAUGCCUUGUAUCCUCAAAAUGUAUGUGUUUUUUAUGCAUGUUUUUAUUGUUAUGGAGGAUUUUAUCAUUCAGGAUAUUCUACCGUGCACUGUUUCAGCUAAUGGAUUUAUGGUGUAGAUGUAACA